GGGGUGUGGAGGGCUGGAGCAUCGCGGGAGGCGCUCGGCUCGUGCCGGGAGGAGGAGGCGGGCGGGCGGGAAGCCAGGCGUUCUCCGGCACAUUUGGGCUGGAGCAGGAGUGUGACUACGUGCAGCAGAUUGAGAGGCAGCAGCGGGAGUGCCUGGAGGAGGCUCAGGUGGAGAAUGAGACCACAGGCUGCAGCAAGAUGUGGGACAACCUCACCUGCUGGCCAGCCACCCCACGGGGCCAGGUGGUCGUCCUGGCCUGCCCCCUCAUCUUCAGGCUCUUCUCCCCCGUCCGAGGCCGAAACGUGAGCCGCAGCUGCACUGACGCGGGCUGGACUCAGCUGGAGCCUGGCCCUUACCCCACUGCCUGCGGCCUGGAUGAUGGAGCGUCGAGUCUGGAUGAGCAGCAGCAGACCCUGUUCUAUAGCUCAGUGAAGACCGGCUACACCAUUGGCUACAGCCUGUCCCUCGCCACCCUCCUGGUGGCCACCGCUAUCUUGAGCCUGUUCAGGAAGCUGCACUGCACCCGGAACUACAUCCACAUGCACCUCUUCGUCUCCUUCAUCCUGCGGGCCGCCGCCGUCUUCAUCAAAGACCGGGCCCUGUACGACAGUGGAGAGUCGGACCACUGCUCCCAGGGCUCGGUGGGCUGCAAGGCGGCCGUCGUCUUCUUCCAGUACUGCGUCAUGGCCAACUUCUUCUGGCUGCUGGUGGAGGGGCUCUACCUGCACACCCUGCUGGCCAUCUCCUUCUUCUCCGAGCGGAAGUACUUCUGGGGGUACAUUCUCAUCGGCUGGGGGGUGCCCAGCACCUUCACCAUGGUGUGGACUGUCAUCAGGAUCCACUUCGAGGAUUAUGGGUGCUGGGACACCAUCAGCUCCUCCCUGUGGUGGAUCAUCAAGGCCCCGAUCCUCAUGUCCAUCUUGGUGAACUUCAUCCUCUUCAUCUGCAUCAUCCGGACCCUGGUGCAGAAGCUUCGGCCCCCUGACAUCGGGAGAAACGACAGCAGCUCCUACUCGAGGCUGGCCAAGUCCACGCUGCUGCUGAUCCCCCUGUUUGGUGUGCACUACAUCAUGUUCGCCUUCUUCCCCGACAACUUCAAGGCCGAGGUGAAAAUGGUCUUUGAGCUCGUCGUGGGGUCCUUCCAGGGCUUUGUGGUAGCCGUGCUCUACUGCUUUCUCAACGGCGAGGUGCAGGCAGAGCUGCGGCGGAAGUGGCGGCGCUGGCACCUGCGGGGCAUGCUAGGCUGGACCCCCAAGGCCCAGCCGGCGUGGGGCGGCAGCACAGGCGCCACGUGCAGCACGCAGGUGUCCAUGCUGACCCGCGCCAGCCCGGGCGCGCGCCGCUCCUCCAGCUUCCAGGCCGAGGCCUCCCUGGUGUGAGCUCUCGGCGCCCGGCCCCGCCCCCGGCGCUCUUCCGGCCAAUGGGAGGACAGCGGCCCGGCCUCGCGACGCCUGGGCCCGCCCCGCCGCGGCGAGUUUCCCCGCUUCAGCGUUGCCAUCCAGGACUCCCUGCCGGCGCCCCACGCCUCUCCUCCACUAGUGGGUUUCUCUACCUCCGGCGCAGGCAGGGUUGUGACGGACCGGGCUGUGAGGCGGUGGGCACAGCGCUCCCCUGGGCCUCGUGGCUUCCUGUCCUUGGGGUCAGUCGCCCCAGCCUUACCCAACCAAAGCAGUCAGCGGCCCUGGGAGCUCGCCCAGGUGUCACUGCGGCGCUCACCUGGCCCCUUAAACCUCACACCAGCCCGGCAGGGCGGGAAUUAUGGUCCCCAUCCCACAGAUGGGGAAGCUGAGUCUGGGAGACGGCGGGUGCCUUGCCCGCCAUCCAGACAGGAUUUGAACUCAGAAGGGGCUGCGGGAAGGGAAAGCACUCUUCCUUCACUGCCUUCUUACAGUCACAACAGCGAGGUCCUCUCGGGGCUCUGUCACCCUGAGUCACUGUGCCUUUAUCCCCGAAUCCCCAACCCUGGAAGGUGGCUGAGGAGGCCCAGCCCAGUGUCCUCACGGCAGCCUGUGUCAGUCAGUAUUCACUCUGGGGCCCCGGCCUGGUGGCCAAGCCUCUGCUUGAAGACCCUGAGGCUGCAGCCGGCUCAGGACCCUUCGGGUUGACCUGGCUGGGGCCUGUGCCACAGCACUGCUGGGCCCAUGUGGCCUGGCCUCUUCCAGAAGUCCAGAACAUGCCAGAGCCAGAUGCCACCUCGGCCGGCCAGGGUGAGGAGCCCACAUUUCCAUGUGUCGAGCACAUGUUCUGAGGGCUCGCAGCUCGCCUCGUGGAGGUGCAUCCUCUUCCUCUGGGUGUGACGCGAGGGGUAGGUCCCGUCCUGACCAAGAGGAGCCUCCCAAGCCCCGGGCUGGCACGGGCUUGGGGACUCAGAGACGGUUAAGUCCCCAGCCAUGGUCACUCCCGAAAUGAGGAUCAGACAGGAAUGCGGUGGCCACGCUGCCCCUUCCCAGGGUCAGCCAGGAGAAGAGGACAGUGCCACUGUCACCAAGGCUGCUGACCUCCUGGGCCCAGGGCUCCCACCUUCAAGGGGGCGACCCCCCUGGAGGAGCCAGACAGUCACCACGCCAGCAAAGGGAGGCAGGGUACUGCCCAGGCUGCUUGAGAGCCAGCCCGGGACCCUGCACCAGGUGACAGAUCAGGGACCCCGUGACUGCCUGAGCUGCAGGAAGGCCAGCGGGGCCCCAGCCCAGACCCGAAACCCAUCCGUGCCUGGCUUCUGGGGAGGGAAGAAGAGUAACUCAUAAGAGGCAGAGACUGGGAAGCAGCGUGAAGGGAGGACAGGUGAGGCCCGCACAGGAAGGUGACAGGGUGCAGAGCAGGGAUGGGGAGUCAGGGACAGCCCCAGCAGGGGCCAGCAGGCUGACCAGACCAGGAUUCCUCCUAUCCCCUCCGACUGUCACCUGUCACCCAGGCCGGCUUGUCCCUCUGCCACCUGCUGGGUGCUGAGAGCCUCCCCGAGGUCAGCCUUGGGAUGCAGCACCUCCCGAAAGUCCCUGCCAGGGGGUCCAGUGGCUCAGAAGCUGUCUCUACCCCGAGGGCCACAGAGGGAGAAGGCGGGCAGUCAGGGGCUGGUCCCAGGGUGAGCCUGGGACAGGACCCCAGGGCCCAGCCUCCACUGCCACGGGUGGACUCUGGCCUGACCGAGCCGGCCCCGCCUGCCCCCACCGCUAGCCCAGGUGCGGAUCGCCUGUCCCAGCCCAGGCGGCCGCCACCCUGAGGUAGAGGGCAGCGGGAGUGCGCGGCUCUGCCACUCAGGCCAGCGUGCCCGCACGAGACGGAGGACAGCCCCGUGCCCUGGCCAGUGGGAGCAGAGCACGGGCUUUCGGGGUGAGGCCGAGGAGAGAGCUGGCAAAGUUGCCAGCCCAUCCGCCAGGGAUGGAGCAGGAGGCUGGGGACGCAGGACCUGGCCGGGGACGUGCUGAGCACACCCGCGGGGCCUCUGGGAGGAGCACCAGGCUGCUGCAGUAAGGACCGGGAGGACAGGGCCAGGCGGAGGGCGAGGCCGCCUGCUGGGGUGGCGUCCCUGGCACCCCACCUGCGGUGCUGGUGGCUGGGGCUGGGGUCAGAUCAGCCCCUGUAUUCCCACUGCUCGCUGGCCUCCCUCUCCCCGCUGUGGGAACAGAAACUGCUCCCAUCCGUCCCCGGGGAGGGGCCGGAGCAGCUGGCAGUCAUUAAGCACCCUGCUCCGGCCAGGCCAGCGAGGGUGGGAUAUUAAUAGCCGGGAGUCAGUGGCCCUGGAGACAGCCUCAGGGAGAGGGACAGGGACCUCGGCCGGCUGAGGGGAGGAGGAGGACAGGUCAGGAGGCCCUCGCGGCAAAACCCCAGCCUCCACGUGGGGCACACAGGGUCUCGAAGUGCAGUGCAGAGAGGGAAUGGGUUUGCUUAGGAUGGCUGCAGCCGGGGCAGAGCCUGGCCUCAGAGCCCAGCGCUGCCCCGGUAUCUGACCCUCGAAGGUGAGGUCAUGGGGUGGCGUGCGUGGAGACCGGGGGAGCCGGUCCAGUUAGUGAUGCGGAUUCCGUCUGUAUUUAAAACCUUCAUAUUUUAUUCAUCAUGUAUUUUUGCAUUAAUGUUGAUUUUUUAAAAAAAUAUUAAACUAUUAUUUACCUUGA